AAUGAAUGUUCCAUGUCAAAUGGUGGAUGUCAACAUAUUUGUAAAAACACACCAGGAAGCUACCAAUGUCAGUGUAGACCUGGUUAUAAACUUAGCAAUGGUAAAAAGUGUAUAGAUAUAAAUGAAUGUGCUAAAGAAAAUGGUGACUGCCAACAUAACUGUCUCAAUUUAGUUGGAAGCUACAAAUGUUCCUGUAAAUCAGGAUACCAGCUUGUGAACAACAAACAGUGCUCUGAUAUAAAUGAAUGUGCUAAAGAAAAUGGUGGCUGCCAUCAUAACUGUCUCAAUUCAGUUGGAAGCUACAAAUGUUCUUGUAAAUUAGGAUACCAGCUUGUGAACAACAAACAGUGCUCCGAUAUAAAUGAAUGUACUAAAGGAAAUGGUGGCUGCCAUCAUAAUUGUCACAAUUCAGUUGGAAGCUACAAAUGUUCCUGUAAAUCAGGAUACCAGCUUGUGAACAACAAACAGUGCUCUGAUGCUAAUGAAUGUUCCAAAUCAAAUGGUGGCUGCCAACAUAUUUGUAAUAACACACAAGGAAGCUACCACUGUCAGUGUAGACUCGGUUAUAAACUUAUCAAUGGUAAAAAAUGUGUAGAUAUCAAUGAAUGCUACAAAUCAAAUGGAGGAUGUCAACACAUUUGUAAAAGCACUCAAGGAAGCUACCAAUGUCAAUGUAGACUUGGCUAUAAACUUAACAAUGGUAAAAAGUGUAUAGAUAUAAAUGAAUGUGCUAAAGGAAAUGGUGACUGCCAACAUAACUGUCUCAAUUUAGUUGGAAGCUACAAAUGUUCUUGUAAAUCAGGAUACCAGCUUGUAGCAAAGAAACUUUGUAUUGAUAUGAAUGAAUGUUCCGAAUCGAAAGGUGGAUGUCAACAUAUUUGUAAAAACACACCAGGAAGCUACUAUUGUGAGUGUAGACUUGGUUAUAAUCUCACCAAUCAUAAAAACUGUGCAGAUAUCAAUGAAUGUUCUAUAUCAAAUGGUGGAUGUCAGCAUGUUUGUAAAAACACACCAGGAAGCUACCAAUGUCAAUGUAGACUUGGCUAUAAACUUAACAAUGGUAAAAAGUGUAUAGACAUUAAUGAAUGUUCUUCAAGAAAUGGUAACUGUCAACAUAUCUGUACCAAUAUAGAAGGAAGCUAUCAAUGUUCCUGCAAAACCGGUUAUAGACUUGCUACUACUAAACAUUGUAUUGAUAUUAAUGAAUGUUUAUCAGACAAUGGAAGCUGCCAACAGGUCUGUAGCAAUACAAUAGGAAGCUACAAAUGUUCUUGUCAACCUGGUUAUAAUCUCAUUAACGACACUCAGUGUGUUGAUGUAAAUGAAUGCUUGGUGUCAAAUGGUGGCUGUGAACACAAUUGUAGAAAUAUUAUUGGUAGUUUUACGUGUAUGUGUAAAUCUGGAUACAUAAAAGUUAAUUUCACACACUGCAUUGACAAGAAUGAAUGUUCUGAAAAAAAUGGUGGCUGCCAACAGAAUUGCAUCAAUUUCAAAGGAAGUUACAAAUGUUCUUGUAAUUCUGGUUACCAGCUUGUUAAUACAACAAAGUGCACAGAUGUUGAUGACUGUUCUGUUCAAAAUGGUCUCUGUGAACAGAUUUGUACCAAUACUAUUGGAAACUACAAAUGUUCUUGCAACCCUGGUUAUCGUCUUGUAGAUAAUAAAUGGUGUAAAGAUAUUGAUGAAUGUUCAACAGAAAAUGGUGACUGUCAACAUAUCUGUGAAAAUUCUAUUGGAAGUUAUAAAUGUCAAUGUAGGACAGGCUACAGACUAGUGGGGGAGAAUAAGAAGCAGUGUGUUGAUCAUGAUGAAUGUUCUAUACAAAACGGUGGUUGCCAACAGAGCUGUAUCAACACAAAAGGUGGCUACAAAUGUUCUUGUAAUUUGGGUUACACACUUGUCAACACAACAAGCUGUUUAGGUGAGUCUUUAAAUGAUUUUUAA